CCAUGACCCCUCCACACAGACGACCCCAUUCCAGAGGGCUACAGGCUGGCUCUCCUCCUUCCAGGAUCCAUCUCUGUACUAUGGAAACACACACAGAUUACACACCCCCUUGCUGCUGGAAGAACUCCCUGACAGAUGCAAAUGCACUAAGAGGCCCACGGCUGGUGUCUGGGAAGAUCGGGGGAGCUGUCACCAUCCAUUGCCAUUAUGCCCCCUCCUCGGUCAACAGGCAUCAAAGAAAAUACUGGUGCCGCCCGGGGCCUCCAUUGUGGAUCUGCUACACCAUCGUGUCCACCAACCACUACACUCACCACGACUACAAAGGGCGUGUGACUCUUACUGACUUUCCUCAGAGCAGUUUGUUCAUGGUGAAGCUGUCCCAACUGUCCCCGAAUGACACGGGACUUUACCGCUGUGGCAUUGGGGACCGAAAUGACAUGCUGUUCUUCGAGAUGAAUCUGAUUGUGUCUGCAGGUCCUUCCAACACCACCUAUGCAGCAGCUCUAACUUCUGCUGAGCUCAUCACAGCAUCUCCAGGGAGAGCUGAAGCAACCAACAGAUGGACCUUGGGAGUCACCCAGACUCUAGAAGGUGGGAGCUCAGAAGGGGACAGAACAACUCCAACUACAGCUAACAGAUGGACCCCAGGAGUCACCCAGACUCUAGAAGGUGGAAGCUCAGAACAGGACAGAACAGAUCUAACUACAGCCAACAGAUGGACCCCGGGAGUCACCCAGACUCUAGAAGGUGGGAGCUCAGAACAGGACAGAACAACUCAAACUACAGCCAACAGAUGGACCCCAGGAGUCACCCAGACUCUAGAAGGUGGGGGCUCAGAACAGGACAGAACAGAUCUAACUACAGCCAACAGAUGGACCCCAGGAGUCACCCAGACUCUAGAAGGUGGGGGCUCAGAACAGGAUAGAACAGAUCUAACUACAGCCAACAGAUGGACCCCAGGAGUCACCCAGACUCUAGAAGGUGGGGGCUCAGAACAGGAUAGAACAGAUCUAACUACAGCCAACAGAUGGACCCCAGGAGUCACCCAGACUCUAGAAGGUGGGGGCUCAGAACAGGACAGAACAGAUCUAACUACAGCCAACAGAUGGACCCCAGGAGUCACCCAGACUCUAGAAGGUGGGGGCUCAGAACAGGACAGAACAGAUCUAACUACAGCCAACAGAUGGACCCCGGGAGUCACCCAGACUCUAGAAGGUGGGGGCUCAGAACAGGACAGAACAGAUCUAACUACAGCCAACAGAUGGACCCCAGGAGUCACCCAGACUCUAGAAGGUGGGGGCUCAGAACAGGACAGAACAGAUCUAACUACAGCCAACAGAUGGACCCCGGGAGUCACCCAGAUUCUAGAAGGUCAAGGCUCAGAACGGAACAGAACAGAUCUAACUACAAGAAUAAGCAAAACUAUAGCUUCAGCCAAUGGAAGACAAACCCCAAGAGCAGCCAGGACAAUGGUUCCAGGGACAAGCAGCAGAGAGGAGGGCUCUAUCAAGGCAAUAGUUCCCACUCCACAGAGUCCAGAUUCAAAAUCAAAAAGCAUGUUCAGCACAACCCAGGGUGUUUUGAUAUGGGGCACCAGAAACUCAGCAACAACUAGUGCUAGCACCAGUGAAGGCGAGAAGAAAGGCACGACUCCAGCAGCUGAUGGGCCGCAGGAGGAAACAGAGGUCAGCAUGUCUCCAGAAGCACUCAGGAAGACCACAGGAGCCAACAGACCAUCAGUCCUGAUCUCAGAAAAUGUGACCUUGGAAACUCUCCAAGAAGCAAUGGAGGCUUCUAAUCAGCGAACGCUAGACUCUGCGGAAGAGUCAUCCCCAGCUCCAAACGCAUGGACAGAGAAUACUACACAUAUGCAAAUGACAUCUGGAAGCAUCGACUGGAGCCUAGAAAACACUGGUGGAGAAAGUAGACCCGCAGCACCAAGUCAACUUUCACCAGAUGGCCCUAUGCGGACCCCUGGCAAUGAGUCAUCCAUGAAGAGUGCUUUUACAGAAGGAGAAAGCAACUCUUGGAUCCUGACUCCAGUCUCCACUGUGCUGGUCCUGGUUCUGCUUGCGUCUCUGGUCCUACUAAAAAGGCGACUCCGGAGAGAGAGGACCUCUAAGGAGGCAGAAAGGCCACCAAGGAUCACCCUAAUUCAGGUGACACAUCUCCUACCAGACAAGCUCCCCAAUGUGGGAAAAAACUUGCACCAAGGUGACCUUCCUCCUGCCCAAGGCAGCCUGUUUGUCCUGGAGGACCAGAACCCUGAGGAUGGAAAAGUAAACAGCUCAGUCACCAUGGAAGGAGGACCAAGACCAGAUCUCUCCAAGGCUUCUUCAUCCCCUUCUCAUCUUCACCCACACAAAGACUAGCCAACUGAGCUCAGCCUCCAACUGGGGACACCGGGCCUACCAGCUCGGGCUUCAGAGGGUCAGGCACUCUCUGCAGCCAAAGGUGACAGCACAAUUAUGCAAAGAAGGCUUCAGGAAAGGGCUUGCGAUCUGGCUGUUUUUAAACUGCUUAGUCCACUGCCCCUUAUAAGCUUCUUUGUACC